GGCGGUGCCGGGCGCGGCGCAGAGCGGAGCGGAGCGGAGGAUGCUGCGGGCGGGGGCCGCCGCCAGCCCCGGUCCCCGUCCCGGUCCCGGUCCCGGGCGGGAGGACACCCCGCCGCCCCCCGCCCGCUGAGCCCGGCCCGGCCAUGGGGGCUCUGACCAGCCGGCAGAACGCAGGGGUGGAGGAAGUGGAUGUCCCCGCUAAUUCCGUCUACAGAUACCCCCCGAAAUCCGGGAGUUACUUUGCCAACCACUUCAUCAUGGGCGGGGAGAAGUUCGACUCCACGCACCCCGAGGGGUACCUCUUCGGCGAGAACAGCGACCUCAACUUCCUGGGCAACCGGCCCGUGGUGUUCCCUUACGCUGCUCCACCUCCUCAGGAACCCGUGAAGACCCUCAGGAGCUUAAUCAACAUUCGCAAGGACACCCUGCGCCUCGUCAAGUGCUCAGAGGAGGUGAAGACCCCCGGGGAAGAAGUGAGCAAAGCCAAGGUGCACUACAACGUGGAGUUCACCUUCGACACGGACGCCCGCGUGGCCAUCACCAUCUACUACCAGGCAACGGAGGAGUUUCACAACGGGGUGGCGAGCUACAUCCCCAGGGACAACAGCCUGCAGUCGGAGACGGUGCACUACAAGCGGGGGGUGUGCCAGCAGUUCUGCGUGCCCUCGCACACCAUCGACCCCUCCGAGUGGAGCGAGGAGGAGCUGGGCUUCGACCUGGACCGYGAGGUUUAUCCCAUGGUGGUGCAGGCGGUGGUGGAUGAAGGAGAGGAGCACAGUGGGCACUGCCAUGUGCUGCUGGCCACCUUUGAGAAGCACAGCGACGGCACCUUCUGCGUGAAGCCCCUCAAGCAGAAGCAAGUGGUGGAUGGAGUGAGUUACCUGCUGCAGGAGAUCUAYGGCAUCGAGAACAAGUACAACACRCAGGACUCCAAGGUGGCCGAGGACGAGGUGAGCGAUAACAGCGCCGAGUGUGUGGUGUGCCUGUCGGACGUGCGGGACACGCUGAUCCUGCCCUGCCGCCACCUCUGCCUCUGCAACACCUGCGCCGACACCCUGCGCUACCAGGCCAACAACUGCCCCAUCUGCAGGCUGCCUUUCCGAGCCUUGCUUCAAAUCCGAGCCAUGAGGAAAAAGCUGGGCCCCCUCUCGCCCACCAGCUUCAACCCCAUCAUUGCCUCGCAGACCUCGGACUCUGAGGAGCACUCGUCCUCRGAGAACAUCCCCCCGGGUUACGAGGUGGUGUCGCUGCUGGAGGCGCUCAAUGGGCCRCUGACGCCGUCGCCGGCCGCGCUGCCCCUGCGAGCUCUGGGGGAUCCCCCGGGCGUGGGGACCCUGCCUGCCUACGGCAGUGAUGGCCCCCUGCCCCCCCUGAGGGCCCUGUCACCCCUGGAGCGCCUGCCCGACUGCGGCCCCCCCGGGCUCAAGYUGAAGAAGAGCAUCUCCAAGUCCAUCUCCCAGAACUCCUCCAUCCUGCCCGAAGAGGAGGAUGAGAAGUCAUGCACUGAGUCAGAGCUGAGGGACUCCAGGAGGAGAUCCCCAGGCCGGUGUGAGGAGGAAUGUGGUGCAACGCCGGAGAGUGAAAACCUCACCCUGUCAUCAUCAGGAGCCAUUGACCAGUCCUCGUGCACUGGGACACCCCUGUCCUCCACCAUCUCGUCCCCAGAAGAGCCCGUGAGCAGCAGCCUGGCUCAGUCCGUCAUGUCCAUGGCCUCCUCCCAGAGCCAGCACUCCCAGCUCAGCACCGACACCGUGUCCUCCAUGUCUGGCUCCUACAUUGCCCCUGGCACAGAGGAGGAAGAGGAGGAAGAGGAGGAGGAAGAGGAGGAGGAGGAGGAGGGGGACAUGCUCCCCUCGCCCGUGGCCGCAAGCGCCACAGCCUCUGAUGGAGAGUCAACGCCUGUGGAGUCCCCGGAUCUAAACUUUGUCAGCAUCUCUGCCGAGGAGCGCGAUGCCGAGGGCAAUGACGUGCUGGAGGAUGAGGACGCCUCUCCCACACAGGAAGACGGCCCGAGGACAGGCGCUUUCCUCGGUCUGACGUGUGACAAUAACAAUGACACGGGCAUCGCACGCGUGAAAGCGCUGGACAAUAAACUGUGCUCUGAGGCCUGCUUACCUGGUGAGUGGCCGUCUGCUGAACAUGAACUUGGGGUGGGGGGGACAGUUCCACUCUUCCCUGCAUCCCCCCAGCCCUUUGCAUCCAUCCCUUCUCUCCCAUCGCCAUCAUUCUCACCAUCCCCGCCAGGUUGUCCUCACUGCACCCCUCUGCCCGACCCUCCACAGGGCUGAGCGCCAGGCAUGUCACCACCCCAAGGCCAGGGUGGCCUGUCCAGACUGGGAUGUCCCCAGGGGGCUGCUGACUUGCUGGGAUGCUCUGUCCCUCGGCCAGGGGGCUGCUGGCAGCCCAGGAGGCACYAGCCCUCCUUAGGAAGGUGAUUGUGUGGCACAGCUGUAGCCUGGUCUGGCCUGUGGUGGGCACAGGAGUAUUUUGCAUUGGGAUGUGACCCUCAGGCUGUCCAGCUGCACAGCAGGAGCUGCCUGUCUCAUCCUCCUCUUCCUCCAAGGCCAGGGAGAUGGGGUGUGUCAGGUCAGGUCAGGUCAUUUCCURCAGAGCCCCAACAUUCAUCCCUCUUCCCCAUUUCUUCAUGCUUUCUCCCCCACCCUCUUUUCACUUCUGUUUCCUCCCAGCCUCUCUCCAUUCCUUUUUUUUAAUUCCUUCCCCCCCAAGCUCCUCGGUGUGUGUGAAAGUUCAUGUUCGCUCUGUGCCAACACGGUUUUCUCCACCCACGCUUGUGCCCCUUCCCUGCCCAGAGCUGCCCAAAGGUGACAAAUGUAUUGGAGAUCCCUUGCCCCUGUGUGGCAGGGGGCAGUGGGCKGGGGGCCCUGCCCAGCCCUGCAGGCUCUGCUUCCCCCUGUGUGUGGGGAAACAGCCAAAACUCCAAGACAAUGCCCUCCGAGGGGUCUCCAUCAAUACAUUUGUGAAUGAGCUGAAAGYAACUCUGCCCCUGCCUUGCCCUUUCAGCUGACUUUGUGGCAGGUCCCAGACCUGCAGCAGGUGCUGGAGAGCUGAGAGGGUGGGUGAAACCCACUUGAGGGGGGAGAAAUCCUUUUUUCACCACUUUUCCUUUGGGAAAGCCUCCUCUCCUGCUGCCUAACCUGUUCCUGGUGGUUUCUGUGCUGGAGAAACACGGCUGAGGGUCAUGGGGAGGAACAGGCGCCUGCCACAAAAGCCCCAUGUCCCCUCCCUCCAUCACCCUCUGUCAGCAGCUGGCUGAGCCCUGCCGGCCUGGGGGGGCUGGGGAGGGAGCUGGGGGUGUCCCAGCAGCACCUCUGCUUUGCUGGAGGGCCUGGCAAAGCAUCCCUUGGCUGUGGCACCRGCCAAAACUGUCCUUGACCUCAUCCCUCUUGGUUGUGCUGGGGGGAGGAUGAGGAAGGGGGAGCUUUGCAGCCCAAAUGGCUCUGGCACUGGGWUGAAUUCUGCUCUGCUGUGAGGAGGGCACUGUCUUUGUCCCCCUGCCUGGGCUGGUGCAGGAUCUGGCCCCUGGGCUGGGUCCAGCCAAGGAUGCCCUGUCCAUCCUUUGGCCACCGUGCCUSUCCAGCCUUGGCAUUUGUGGGGAAAAGCAGGGGGCUGCCCCUCRUGCUGGGACCAGGGACAGAGGGUCUUUGAUUAAAGACCACCAGGACUGAAAUGYCCUUUCAAACUUUGAUUAGUAAAAGUYCCUUUUCCCAUUCUGUGAUUAUCACCAGAGUGGGGCCUUUGGGGCUGUCCACRGUCCCCUGGGAAUGGCAGAUGUGAUGUUCUCCAUUCCUUUUCACUUGCUGUAGGACACAAGGAAUUUUUUCCACACCAUAAUGGCCAGUGCUCACUGUUUUCUGACUUUCCUUUUGAGUUGUACCCGUUUGUGGGUGGUCCAGCAGUUUUUAACCAGAGUAAUGUCCAUUGCAGUAGGGGUUGGAGACAAAGUGUCAUAUUGGACACCUGACAUAYGUUCUGGUGCAUGGUUUUUGGUAGGGAGUGACUGAAGUCAUGCCCUWAAGUCACACCUUCUAUAGGUGAAGUUACAAAUACAUAGAACUGAGCAGGUAAAAAUCUGUGUUUUUGUGUCAUCCACUGUUAGGGUGUCACAAGGGGUUCUUAGACAUGCACACCCUUGUCCUGUGGAUACUGGGAUGGAUUCAGGAUCGUUAUCAGGAGAUAUUUCAAAAUUAUAGACAUAGUUCUGUGUCAAAACAGCUUGAGCUUUCAAAGUAUUACUGUCACAUGUAAACCCAUGUCAUUCUCUCACCACACACCCGUCUGCAUCAGUGGUUUGCCAUGCAUGUUGUGUGAUUGUUCUUAAAAGCCCAUGCUCGGUGCUCCAAUGGAUCUAGCACAAGGAUUUGGUGUUUGGUACAGACAGAAGCACUGAGACAAAAGCUGUGACCUUAUUCAUGAUGGGGACAUAAGAAAAUUCGAUUAAAGACCAUCAGGAUUGAAAUGCCCUCUCAAAUUUCGAUGAGAAAAARAUCCCUUUUCCSAUUCUGUGAUUAUCCCAGUACUGGUAGAGUUUAGCCACAACUGAACUGGAAUAUAGCUGAGUGCCUAAGACACUUUGCUUUGAGCAAUUUCCAGAGCAUCAGCCAGUUGGUCAUUGGCAUUUUGAUAUUUUUCAUAUUUGAAGCUGACCACUGUGUGUUUCCCUGAGGGGAUAAGGAAGAUCUGAUGUGUUGAUCUGUAGUGCUCAAAUUAUUAAUGAUUGCAUCCAAUUGAUCACUCAGACUGAUAUUAUAUCAGUUCAAUAUCCCCAUUCCAGUUCCCAAUACAUCAGUUAGAUGUGUGAGGUGAUGGCCUCUGGUUUAGCCAAGAAAGCCACCCAGAGGAGGAGGUUUCUGUAAAAUGUGAAUGUUUUGGUCUGAUGGUAGAAACACUGGUCUGCAUCUCUCUAAGGAMCAGGAUUAAGCAAUACUUGUGGUUGUUCAAUUUGACCUCAUAGACUGACCAGUGAAACGUUCAGGGUCGAUUUUAUAGGUUUUGGAGAAGUACUGGGAGCAGUUAUGGGGGGUAUGCUGGACAUCCUUUAACUCUCUAGGGCWCAGUCAGCCUCUGUAUCAUAAGGAGUUCAGAGCAGUUUUGUGCCUUUAAACUUCCAGUCCUUUAGGCUUGUGGUGGGACAGGCUGGGGGUGUUCUGURUUUUGUGGUUUUGUUUUGGCUGCAUCAUUCAUAAAAUUUCUGAGGGCUGGUACCCAGAGCGUGAUGACCCCAUUCACUGAUUGUAGGGAAGGCAGUUGCAYACUGGCCCUUGAGACCUGUGGUGUUCAAGAGUCCACAUCUAGGAYACUCUCCAAGCUGGUGGAAUGAGGAUGUGAUUUGAUAAUGAUAUUUUUGCCCUCUCUGUAGUGGAUGAAGGAGCGGCAUGUGGUUCCUCAAAGUUUCUUUUGAAAUCCCUGCAGAUUUCAGUCUGGUGGGAAAGAGCUUUGGGAGGAGGCAAAAGGACAUGAGGUUUAACUAAAACCUAUAGAUCCAUGUCCUUGAGUGGAUCCUGUGAGAGUGUGGGUUGCUGGGGCUGUCUCCCAGGCUCAGAGCAUCCUCCAGCCACAGCCACAGCCUCUGCCAGGGGUAGAGUGGCAAAAACAGCUUUGGAAAGAGAAACUGGGGCAAAACAUCUGCCAGAAAGGCUGGCAYUAAGGUGGGAGGGCUGCUGAGAAAACCUGAAACCCCCUGAGCGCUCUUGCUGGUUUAAAGCCACAGAUGCUGUGAGCAGUGGGCUGGUUGGGUUUCACCAGGAUGGGGUUUGGGAGCUGCCUGGGGCAGGUGUGCCAGUGCUGACAGCAUGGGAGACCCCUCCAGCAGCCCAGGGGAGCAGGGCUGGGUGGGCACAGGGCUGAUGCCCUGCUCCAGGGCCAGUCCUUGUCCUGCCACCCCAGCCCUGCUCCUCGGCAGCCCUGCAAGGGUGCACUGAGCAGAGCUGCCUCUCUGCACCGGRGCACUGCAGUGACUUAGGCAAUAUCAAGCUCUUAAUGGGAUUGCUSUGUGCAUGUACAUGUGGUCCUGUUUAAUUAUCCAUCCCCUCCGGGAUCUGCAGACUUAACAUGCCUCGCUCUCCAGCCUGAGCUCRCCAUGAAAAGCCACUCGAAACGGCAGCUGUCACCUCCCAUAAAUCAGCAGGCAGCAGGAUUUUGUUGCUCCCCCUCUGAGAAAGCCCUUGGCCUUGGCAUGCCCUCACGCAGUCCCUGUGGGUCAGAGCUGCCCUGGGCACAGGGCUUAACCUCGCUGAAGGGUGCAGCCAAGCUGCCCUGGGGUGCACCCCCUUCCUAAGGGCACCACGCAGCCUCUGAUGGGUUUGGUGGUGGGACACAAGCCACGGGCCGAGCUCUGCCAUCGCCCUGCCCCAGCUGGAGGGUGCUGCCUGAACUGGGAGCCUGCGGCCGGAGAGGAGGCAUGGGGGGACCCCGCUGCCCCCACACCACCAGCAUGUCCACCCCUCGGUUCCCCUUGGCACAAAACCCCGGGAUGCUCCACGCAUGGGGACCCCUCACCCCGUGCCCGCAGCAGCUCCCUGGCCCCGU